GUCCUAAUUACCUGUAACGCUUGUGAUGUGGUUGGUAGUAUCCUCCACUCAUACAUUCAGGGGUCUGGGAUUGAUCAUCGGCAUAGGUGAAAUAUUUGGGAUGUUUCCCAACACCUGUUGCCCUUAUUCACUUAACAAGUGUGAAUUAACAAGAAUGAGGCUCAGACGCAAUUUGAUGUGGUGGACAAAAAUCACCUUGACUUUGCUAGUUUUCCUAGCGGGGACAUACUUUACUGUGCGCCAGGCUCUUCAUGAUGCUAGAGAUGUUAGUGUUCAAGUUCGAAAAGUGACACCACAAGCAAAAGCACUUGAACACAAGAUAAUUGCUACACCAGCAAAUGAACCAGUAGUACCAAGAGGAUACAAGGACUGGCAUGAUUAUGACAGAUUAUUUAAAGAGAGUAAACAGAUAGGCCCUGGUGAGCAAGGUCAAGCCUACAAUCUACCACCUAAAUACCAGAAUGAGAGAGACCUACUCUACAAAGUUAAUGGGUUCAAUGCUCGAGCCUCUGAUGAUAUUGCACUGAACCGCUCUUUGCAGGACAUCCGUCACCCAAAUAUGCAUUAUGUGCUUGUACUGGCAGCAUUUCUUAAGGACAAGCUGGAUGACUAUGUGCGUGAAAAUCUGCCCAAAGUAAGGGUUGUUCAUCUCCCAAGAAGGUCUGGACUCAUUCGAGCUAGAUUGGCAGGUGCAAAAGUAGCACGGGGGGAUGUCCUUAUAUUCCUAGAUUCUCACACAGAAUGUACUACCAACUGGCUUCCUCCUUUGCUAGAGCCUAUUGCAAAGGACUAUCGUACUUGUGUUUGCCCUUUUAUUGAUGUAAUUGACUUUGAAACAUUCGCCUAUCGAGCUCAAGAUGAAGGAGCCCGGGGAGCGUUUGAUUGGGAAUUGUUCUACAAACGUUUACCACUCUUAGAAGAAGACAAAAAGAACAUGCCAGAACCUUUCAAGAGCCCAGUGAUGGCAGGUGGUCUGUUUGCUAUUAGCAGUAAGUUUUUCUGGGAGCUUGGAGGUUAUGACCCAGGGCUAGAUAUAUGGGGAGGUGAGCAGUAUGAACUCUCCUUCAAGAUAUGGCAAUGUGGUGGAAUCAUGGUAGAUGCACCUUGUUCACGUAUUGGCCAUAUUUAUCGCAAGUUUGCUCCAUUUCCAAAUCCUGGUGUGGGAGACUUCGUUGGCAGGAAUUACCGCCGAGUGGCUGAGGUUUGGAUGGACGAGUAUGCUGAGUAUCUUUAUAAACGUAGACCAUCAUAUCUAAAACUUGAUGCUGGUGAUUUGACAGAGCAGAAGGCUAUUAGGAAAAGACUGAACUGCAAAUCAUUUAAAUGGUUUAUGACACAAGUUGCUUUUGAUUUGACAAAAGUGUACCCUCCAGUUGAACCACCAAAUUUUGCAAGUGGGAAGAUUCAGAGUGUGGCAAGCUCUAACUUAUGUGUAGAUACAAGGUUCAAGCAUCAUGGUGAUAGGUUUGAUCUUCAAGAAUGUGGUCGAGGAGGAGAGCAGACUUUUCACUUGACUUGGCACAAGGACAUAAGACCAGGCAAACGCCCUGUAUGUUGGGAUGUGUCCAGUGGUGAUGCUCAGGCUCCAAUAUUGCUAUACAAUUGUCAUGGUAUGGGUGGCAAUCAGCUCUGGAGAUAUGAUCCUGAAAAGCAGUGGCUUGUGCAUGGUGGUAAUCCACGUUGUUUGGACAGCAAUCCUGGUAACAAAGAAAUUUUUGUGUCAACGUGUAAUCCACAACUAGAGACACAAAAAUGGAAAUUUGAAAACUUUGAUGCUGUACGUUUAGCUAAGUGGGACCAGGCAGGACCGGAAUUGUAAAGGUAAAAGUGGUAACAGAAAUCUUGGCAUUCUUAACAUGUUAUUAAUGUAGAUUGUUUUUAAUUUAUUUAGCUAAAUAUUUUAAAUGUGAAAUUAAUGCCAAAUUAAAUUGUUUUUACAAGCACAAUGGGACCAUUUGAUCUUAGAUUGUAAGGUAUAAUGUUCCUUAAAGGUUUUUAAUAUGACCGGUCUGAUAAAGAUGUUAUUUUAUGUACAGUAGUAUAUGAUAUUUGCUCUUAAUAGGGAAGCCAGACGAUAGCAUAAUAAAUGCUUAAAGUUUGUGUUAUAUGUGCUGUACUAUAUUUGGUGCUCUUUUUACACAAGCAUAAUAGUUAAUUAGCAGUUGAAUGUUGUUGUAGUUUAUAAAAAAAAAUUAUUUUUAAACUCAGAACUUAGGAAAAAUGUACUACAUAAUAUGAGCACAUGCUUGAUAAUUAUUGACAUUGCCUUGCACUAGAGUUUUUCCCCACAGUAUAGGAUAUAUUUUUAAUUAAAAAACAUUCCACAA